CCCGAGUAAUCUGCAUAGAGGAAUGACAAGCAUUCGGCGGAGGGCUGAGCUGUUUAGCUUUGAGCAUUUGUCGAGUGAGAAGACAAGCUUUAAGAAAAGUACGAGAAGGGAGAGCGUGAGCAGCGAGGGGGAGGGAAAAAACGGAAAGUGAAAUGAAACAGAGAAUCAGACACAGAAAAGCAGCUGGCUAUCGAAGUACCCCAGGAUCUGCAUGAUCGGUGGAACGGGGGCCCAUUUGAGGCAGAAAGAAAUGGGCCAGACGUCAGUCUCCAGCUCGGCUCAGAAUGCCUCGGUGGAUGGUUUAGAAAAAGCAUCAUUAGCAAACACUGAUGUGGUUCUACCAGGAUCCCAAACACCACCUCUCAAAAGGAAAGGCAAACUUUCUUCAUUAGGUAAAAUUUUUAAGCCUUGGAAGUGGCGAAAAAAGAAAACCAGUGAGAAGUUCCAGCAAACCUCAGCAGUUUUAGAGCGAAAAAUAUCAAUGAGGCAAAGUCGAGAAGAACUAAUUAGAAGAGGUGUUUUGAAGGAUAUCUCUGAUCAAGAUGGAGAUGUGACUGUAAAUUCAGAAACAUCAAAUGGACAUACAGUACCUAUCAGUAUAGAGCCUGUUAUGGAAGAAGUUCAAGCAGAUAUAGAGAAGCAGAAGGAUCUGCCAGCAGAAAACAAAGCCCCUUUACCUGGAGAAACAGGGGAGAAGCCAGAACGAAUUGAAAACAGGCAUCUCCAGAAGGUUCAUCCUGCUCGUGCUCGGGAUACCACAGUUAAAAAAUCUCAAAUGCCUUUAAAAACUCAAAGCGGAGCAUCUGCUGCUAAUUUCAAGAAGGAAGAGCCCCCAGUCAAAAAAACAUCCAAAACCACUGCCAAACAACCACCUACGGCAGGGUCUAAACAAAGUUCUCGAAACAGUAAUAAUACAAAUGUAAAACAGUCUCAUACUAAAAAGGCUGCAGCUUCAAAGACAGUGGCACAGUCAUCUUCACCAUCCCCUUCUGGGUCUUCAACACCAAAAUCAAAAGCCAGUAGUACGAAUAAAACCUCUUCCUUGGGAAUCAGUAAAGCUAAUAAAAAACCUGAUAAACAAUUGGACAACUUGAAAGGACGAACAGCAAAUACUCCAAAGACUGUCCCAUCUGCAAGUCCAGGCUGUGAUGAUACGGAGGUAUUGAAAACUAAGAAAGAGCCUAAAGGAGCUGAAACUCCCUGCAUUGAUUUACCUGGUGAACAUCUGGCAUCCCAACAGCCUUCAUCUUCUGAUUUACCAGAUAGUAACUCCAUUUUAUCAUUUUUAGAAGAGGCAGGGGAAUCGCCUGAAACACCAAUAUUGUCUGAAAAUAAAACUUCAGAGAUAUCUGAUCCUGGUUCAAAUUCAAUAAAAGACCACAUUGAUCAGGAGCAGAAUAAACAAGUGAAGACUGAUGGAGAUGAAGCUAUUGUCCCUCCUACUCCUGAAGAAGAUGUAACAUGUUGUACAAAAAAAGAAAAUGAAGAAUGUGUUUCCUGUAAAUUCCAAGUCUUAAUACCAGACACCCCUGAUGUUUCUGUGAUUCCUGAUGAUGAAAAUAAGGAAAACCAAAUCAGUGAUUCAGAUUCAGAUGGCCCAAUACUUUACAGGGAUGAGGAUGAGGAGGAAGAAGAUGAUGAAGAUGAAUCAACAUCAAAUUCUCUUGCAAGUAAAAUACGAAGAAGGGAUACACUUGCCAUAAAACUGGGUAACAGGCCAAGCAAAAAAGAACUUGAGGAGAAGAAUAUUCUUCCAAGGACUUCAGAAGAGGAGAGACAAGAAAUUAGACAGCAAAUAGGGUGCAAGUUGGUGAGGCGGUUGAGUCAAAGGCCAACAACUGAAGAGCUGGAACAAAGAAACAUAUUGAAACAAAAAAAUGAAGAGGAGGAGCAAGAAGCUAAACAAGAAAUCAAAAGAAGGCUUUCCAGAAAGCUUAGUGUAAGACCCACAGUUGCAGAGCUGGUGGCACGUCGCAUUCUCAGGUUUAAUGAGUAUGUGGAAGUAACUGAUGCCAAGGAUUAUGACCGGAGAGCAGAUAAGCCAUGGACAAGACUAACACCAGCUGAUAAGGCUGCCAUUAGAAAAGAACUGAAUGAGUUCAAGAGUAAUGAAAUGGAAGUUCAUAAAGACAGUGUGCAGUUCACAAGGUAUCAUCGCCCUUGACUCUAUGGCCUGGCACCUAAGGCAGACAACACUGGAUGCUCUCUACUAUACUGCACCUGAGCCAACUGACCACUGAAACAUAUGACAUCAUGAGAAGCCAUUAAGUUUACAUUUAUUCAUUCAGUUUCUAGAAAUAUUCCAAAGCACACAAAUGAUGAACAUUACAUCUUGUACUGAGAUCAAGUCAUAGUAAUUAAUAAAGUACAUGUAUAGUAAGUACAGUUGCAUAGUCACGGCACUAAUUGUGAUUACUCAAAAAGUGCAGAUGGUGGUAUUAGCACUUACCUGAUUAUUUAAAGAGAUUGAACUAAUUAAACAAAAAAGAUGAUAAGUAGUCUACUUGUAAUAUCAUUUAUUAUGUCUCACAUCUCAGUACAUAAAUUAUCAUGAUAGUUCACAUAACAUGUUAUCUUUAAUAUGUCCGGGAUCCCUAUGACCCUGCUCUGGAUAACCAGAUUUAGAAAAUGGAUGAUUUACAUUAAAAAAAUAAGUAAAAAUCAGAAUUUAAAAGGCUUUCCAUGGUGUCUCCAUGUGUUUUCUAGAUGGCUAAAAAUGAAGACAAUACUACCUGUAGAUGGUUAACUCAUCCAGCAUUUUACCUAUCAUUGCUUCAGUGUCUUCUCAGUCAUCAUCAGAUGAAGUUAAGUGAGAUAGGAUGUUGUUCACAAAAUUUUUAAAACAUGUAUUCGCCAGUGGAGUGUAAAGUAUAUGUGUCUUAUUUUUAAUUUUACUUCUGUAAAAAUCAGAAGUACUGUACUUCUUUUUUUGUUUUUUUUUUUUUUUUUUGCCAGUUGAAACAGUAGCAGUAUUAGCACUUGUUUAUUCAUAAGAGCAUGUAAAAGGUUGAUAUCCACUAACUGGGUUGUUCUAAAGCUACGAUUACUUGUCUGUACCUUUACAGUGACUUGCAUGAUACACUAAGUGCUGUAUCUGUAUGCAAACUAUCUUACUAGCAAUAACAGAUGAUACUUGAAUUACUUUGAUUUACAAUAUUGAAAUGUUUAUUUGAAAAGACAUUAUUUUAAUAAACAUUGCUGUUCAUG